AUGGGCAUUGAUUCAAAGAUCAAACCCAGUGCCCAACAUUUCCUCACGAUUGUCUGUGUCAAUAUACUAACUUUUUACUUAACGGCUUCCCUUUGCGUCUCUUUGCGCUACUUUCGCCCACAUAUCUUCCACGCUUGCAUUCAGUCUGAGACUCAGCUCCAGAUUUUCAUAAACCUCAAGUUCCUCAAGUCCCAAGCGCUCUUGUCCGUGGUUACCUUCUUUGAUUACCGGCUCAACCGGUCGCACCCACAGUCCCUCCACAUUCUUUCCGCCUCCUCCUCCGACAUCAUGAUUUCUGCCUCGAAGCUGUUGGCUCCACUCUUGGGCGUCGCCAUUUUCCUGCAACCUGUACUCGGGCAUUGUAAAAUAGUCACUGUGGCCUCCACCCUCAGCGCACCUGGACCUAAAAGCCACGGCUUUGGGGUUGAUCUACACGGCCGAUAUCCAUGGGCUGUUGGUCAACCGGGCGACGCUGGGGCGGAUGCAGUUUUCUUCACUCCUCACGUUGAAUACGUCGCUAACCCCCAGUAUCCCUGUGGGAAACUCGUCACCUUGCCAAAAGGCCUGGACAUCAAAUCGCACAUGGCGCAAGCCGAGGCAGCUGGCGUUGCAACAACUGCCGCCGAUGGCUCGUUCGAGGCCCUGAUCUUUCAAGUAAACCGUGAUGGUGGUGGCUCAUGCACAUGCGAAUUCGAUCCCAGUGGUACUGCUACUUCGUGGAAUCGCUGCAAAACCUUAGUCAAUCCUCCAGGGAUCCAAGGAAUGUGGCAAAGCGACCGAACCAAUCAUACUGCCAAAUUUCAAAUGCCAAGCUCCGCGGUCUGCCAAGGUGGUGUCUUCAAGGACAAAUGCUUGAUGCGCAUUCGAUGCGGCUGGAAGCUCCGCUUUGGUGGUUGUUUUGCCUUGAAAACACCCUCAAGUCCACGGCCACUGCAACUCAAGGUGGUUGGAGGAGGUUCAAGCCCGGCCUCAGCUAGCAUAGAUUCCUUGGCCCAGAAGGUUUUCAACACUAUGCAAGCCAAAGGUGCCCUUCAACCUCUAGGUGGCACAAAACCAGUGCUCAAGCAUCACCGAUCAAUUGAUGUAGAGUCCCGCUCGACCCAAAGAAGCGCGCCAGUGGAUGCAAUUGCACAGAAGGUCAUACUAUUGAUCAAACAGCACCAAAUGAAAGUAGUUCAGCCGAAAGCCGUCAUGGUCGCAAAAUCUUACUCGUCAAGCUCAUCCUACGGUUGA